AUGUCGAAAUCACCAUGGGGAAACAUUGGCAAUUGGGCCGCCGAAUCGGAGAGAGCUGAAGCCGAAGAACGGGAACAGGCAGAACAAGCCGCUGCUGCCGCUCAAGCCGGAGGAAGUAAUUUUCCUAGCCUGAAGGAGGCGGUGAACACAAAACAGAAGAAGAAAACCAAGAUGAGCUUGCAGGAGUUCACGAUGCAACCUAGUUUUGGCUCCGGUGCUUCUCCUCCUACCCGCGGCUUGACUCCCGAAGGAAUGCUCCGGCUACCCACUGGACCCAAGGAGCGUUCAUCAGACGAAAUGCAGCACGGGCGGCUCGGCGGAGGGUUUCCUAGUUAUGGAACCCGAACGGGGUCCGGAUUUGGUGGCGGGUAUUCCGAUCGACCGACCCGGGAGUUUGAGAACCGGAGAUCUUAUGGAGGAGGGUUUGAGGACGAAAAUCGCCGAGGCCAAACUAGGGUUUCGGGAUUCGAUCAACAAACUUCGAGAGCUGACGGAGUUGAUAACUGGGCUUCGAUGAAGAAAGCCCUACCCGAAUACACUUCGGGUCCGGCGAGUCGUUCUGCAAGGUAUGGGUCUCUUGGAGGAUCCUCCGAGGGUUUUUCAAGGGCCGAUGAAGUGGGCAGUUGGGCGGCUACGAAGAAGCCCAUUGUGCAAUCUCAGCCGCCACAGCAGGCGGGGUUCAGGGGGCCUGAUCCCGAUAGAUGGACUCGAAAUGAAGGUGAACGUCAGAGAUUGGUUCUGGACCCUCCCAAAAGUGAUCCUGGUGAUGGUGCUGACGUGCUAGUUAAAGUGAACAAGUCGAAUCCAUUUGGUGCCGCAAGGCCGAGGGAGGAGAUUUUAGCGGAGAAGGGAUUAGAUUGGAAGAGAAUGGAUAUGGAAAUUGAAGUGAAGAAGCAACAUCAGUCUGUUAGCGGUAGUAGGCCUACUAGCUCACAGUCGAGUAGGCCUGAGAGUGCUCAUUCGAGCAGAUCAGAUAGUAUCACAGCAUUGCAGCCAGGGAUGGCUGAAGGGGCAGCCAAGCAAACACCAAAAGUGAACCCAUUUGGUGAUGCUAAGCCUAGGGAAGUCUUGCUUGAGCAGAAGGGCUUGGAUUGGAGGAAGAUUGACCUGGAAUUGGAGCAUCGACGUGUUGAGAGGCCUGAGACAGAAGAGGAAAAAAGUUUGAAAGAAGAAAUUGAGCACCUGAAAAAGGAAUUUCUGGAAAAAUCUGGUGAAGAGCAAAGCUGUUUACAGGAUCUAAUUCUUAAAAGAGAGAAGGACUUGGAACUGCUGACGCGGGAAUUGGAUGACAAAGUUCGUUAUAGCCAGAAAGUGUUCGAAAGGCCCGGUUCUGGAGCUGGUAGGGGAGCUAUCUCUAUUGAGAGACCUCUUUCCCGGCCAGGAGCACACGAGGAUCCUAGAGCUGGCCAUUCCGAGAGACCACGUUCUCGACCUGGCUCAUCUGAGCAGUAUAGGCCCGGGUUUCCUGAGAGGCCUUCUUCCCGGCCUGGAACAUACGAAGAGUCCAGAUCUGGCUUUCCUGAGAGACCUUCCCGAUCUGGAUCAUAUGAAGAGUCUGGAGCUGGCUUUCCUGAGAGGUCUCCUUCCCUAUCAGGGGCAUAUCAUGAUCCCAGAGCUGUUGACUACAUGGAGAGGCCUCGAUCUCGUGGCACCAUAAAUUCAUGGACAAGGACGAUUGAUGGCAGAAAAGCUUCUCAAGGUGGUGGGCUUAGAGGAUCAGUGGGCGGCAGAGACGGGGACAGGUCAAGGCCGAGGUGGUGA